AUGGAUCUCAGUGCACCAUCUGGUUAUGAGUCUUAUUCCAACCGGCUCGACCCUCACGAUGAAUUCGACAACGGAUAUGUUGAAAAGAGUCCUCGUCCGGUCUCUGACACACAGCGACUUCUGAAGCAGCGCCGUGCGCCGCAGACCAAGAGCGCGAGCAUCUUUGACACCACCAGGCUGGCCCUGCGUGUCCUCAUCCUUUUGCUUGACCUCAGCAUCAUGAGUCUUCUCAUCCAUGGAGUCAGCGUCUGGAAGACGACGCAUAACUCUCUGGAUAGAAAUGAGGACGGCUGGGUGAGGACGCGUUGGGCUUCGAUCAAGAUGCUCUCGACGUGGUUGAUGCUGGCAAUCGCGGCAUUUGCAUCAUUUGUCCAGAUAGUGGCUCUGGCAACGCGCCUUAUUUUCUUUCGCUCAAUGCGUGACGGCUUGAUACACACCAGCGCCGUACUUGCCAGCUCUGGUAUUGUCAUCGCCGGCUGGAUCGCCGCAACUGUUUACUUUAUCGUCGAUAAGGAAGUUCUUCGAAAUAACCACUGGGACCUCUGGUCUUGGUCAUGUCGGAACAGCUCGCGACAGAGCUAUAUUCCCUGGGCUGGCUUAUGCACAGAACUGUCGGCCAUUCUAAGUAGUAUCAGCUAUUAUUUUAAUUGUGGCCUUCAGGUUGGUACGUGGUACUCGGCAAUGUCAAGCAGGAUGUCAACUGUGAAUGCGAUGUCAUUAGCGAUAGGCCUGUCACUCAGUUCCAGGUGUCAUGAGACCACGGCAAUAGAGAUUUCUUUACGGCGUCCGUCGAGUGCUUUUUGCCCGGAAGCUUAUUCGAGCAUCCCGUUGCAAUACUCCCCUCCUGUGACUUCCGUUCAGUUUCACGUCUACCGCUUGAAAAAUUCUACUGGCUUUGAUAUCAGAUGA